AUGGAGCGGAGUAUGCUAAACAUAAAAAGAAUAAAUAAAAUAAGGCAUACAAAAAUACGCAACAUCACAAAAGCAACAGACGGUUUAGCACAAGCUCUUGCUUUAAAAUGGAAGUGGGCCGGCCACAUAGCACGCCUGCAAGAUCAAAGGUGGACUAAAAGAGUGACAGAAUGGAGGGGGCCAGUGGGAAAAAGAAAGAAAGGGAGACCUUCCAUCAGAUGGGAGGAUGAAAUCAAACACAUAGCGGGCCCGAACUGGAUACAAACAGCACAAUCCAGAGAAAACUGGCUCAAUUUGGAGGAGGCCUUUACCUGCAGAGGGGUUCUUACAGAAUAA